ACAGGAAGCGUGGUUCAGUCGUUCACUUCGUAACAGUGUUGCGAUCAUGUUGCUCUGUAUUUAGUUGUGUUUUAGGCUGUAGAAGUGGUGUUUUGGUGUGUAGUGUCAUGUCUGUGACUGGUGUGCUGUGCUGCAGUGACAGUUUCAUGCUGAAGUGAAGUGUUUGAUCUAGUCCUUAAUUUUUAGUCGUAAUUUUGGAAAAGAAAAGUGAUUUUUUGACGGUUGUGUGUGUGUUUGUGGGCACACAAUGGCCGAUCAUGAGGACAUUCCUUUCUCCGCUGCCACUUAUGAUUCAAUCACACCGACCCUCACGAACAUUCGAAACCUCGAUCCCAACCAACAUGUACUCGCUAACCAAUCUCGCAUAGUGUCACCUUACACCUAUAACCUUACAGCUCCAAUCAAGCCUCCCAACGACAAUAACAAUCGGCAAGUUGUCGUGGACCCCAUCAACUACCAGCAGUUUCAAGACUGUAAGCCGCAUGACAACAACAAUGUGUUGAAUGCUAAUCGCAAGCAUCGCUUGGUUGCCGUUUAUGUAGAGGAUGAAUGCAACCUGGUCAAUCCUGACUAUUGUCAACUUCGCCCACAAAACAACGGAAAUGUCGUUUACAGUGACAAUCCUUCCGUUCAACCUCCUCCUGAUCAGUAUGGCCCUGAGGAUUUUGGCCAACACUCACCGAGAUACACUUCACCCAAAGCCAGUAAUUUGUACACAGCUGAACAGUAUUACCUUGAUGGAGUGGGAGGAGGAACUGCAGCCGACCCCUGGGCGGGUGCCGGUCCUGCGGCUGCGUACCCUGCAGCGACGGCCAGUGGCUACGGCCUCGCUCCAGGGCCCCCUGUGCCCCCCGGACCACCUGGGCCCCCUGCGCCCCCAGCCCCACCCAUACACCUACCACAUGACAAUCUCGGAUACGGAGAGAUGUCACCAGGCAGCACAGCAGGGGGUGGAGCCACCCUGCCUCCGAUGUCCAGCUUCAGGGGCAGCAGCCAGGCAUCCGCCGCUUCGCCGGCCAACAUCCUCUAUCCGGCCCAGAGUCCCGUCGUACAGACCUCAGGAGACACUCUUGGCAAAGCUCUCGCAUCGAUUUAUCCGACUGACCAAAGCUUGAGCAGCUACAGCUCAAAUCCUUCGACACCAGUCAGCUCUCCUCCCCCCUUGAAUGCGGGGGCCACAUGGACGCAUCCCCCCGCACACCCGGCUUCACCCCACUUCCCUCCCGAUCAUCGCAAUCUUCACAUGGCGGGGACAAACAGAGACCACCAGCAGAGCUUAGAUGACGCUAUCGGCUUUCUCAGAGAGCAUGCUGAGGGUACGAGAAUGGAGGAGCGACUAGACGAUGCCAUAAAUGUAUUGCGAAACCAUGCCGAAAGUCAGCUGGGUCUUCACGCUGCCAUAGCUUCUGUAGCACAUUCCUCGCCAUCCCUCUACCACCAUUCAGCGCCGCACCUAACAAGCCCUCACGGAGCGUAUCAAACUUUGGUUCCUCUCACAGAAUCAUCCGAUCCUCAAGGUCCUAUCAAAAUGGAAAGGAUCCCGGUUUCAAAAAAACGUAAAGAGCCUCCAGAGACAUGCGAUACGAAGCCAUCUAGCAGUGAGUUGAUCAACAAUGCCGUCAACUCGACGUCUCCCUCGGCCGUUUGUUCUGCUAAAAGUUCAAAACGGGCUCGUCGUUACAGUUGUUCGAGUGCUGAUGAUGACGAUGGUGACGAUCCAUCAACAAAGGCUCACAGGGAAAAAGAGCGGAGACAGGCAAACAAUGUUCGUGAAAGGAUCCGGAUACGGGACAUAAACGAGGCUCUCAAAGAGCUUGGGCGUAUGUGUAUGUCCCACCUGAAAACAGACAAGCCUCAAACAAAACUAGGGAUAUUGAACAUGGCUGUGGAAGUUAUAAUGUCUUUAGAACAACAAGUUAGAGAACGUAAUUUAAAUCCGAAGGCGGCGUGUCUGAAAAGGAGGGAAGAGGAGAAGGCAGAGGACAGUGCUGGUCCAAAACUCGGUCAUCUUGCUGUCUCACAGCAACUCGCUAACCCUCUUUUCCCUGUCACUACUCUACCUCCUGGAACGCAAGGUACACUGCCGCCCAAUACACAGCCAUAGCAUCAAAACAUGGUUUCAGUUCCAAGAACUUCAUCCGGUGUCCCCAUUGAGAAAUUAUAGAAGAUAGUAGGUGAUGACUGAACGAAGACAACUACCAAAUCAAUCUAUUAGCAAUGUCUAUUGUGAUCAAACGUUUUCGGAGUCAAGUCUUCUCAUGACAAGAAAACAACUUCUAUUUUCUACUUCUUGUUUGAAGUAACUUUUACAACUACAGUAGAGUCUCGACUGUGGUCGGAUAAUCGAGAAUCUACUGUUCCCACACUGUACAUCAACUUGUAAGAUAUCUGCAUCAAUAUUUAUAACUACUUAUUUCUAAUGCUGCAGCCAAAAUGCUAUAGUAUUUCGAUUAUCAGACAGUAGAGUUUCGAUUAUCCGGUCCUCGAUUUCCGAGUUAUCAGUCAGAUAACCUCCAGGGCCGUUCAGUCAGAUAGUCGAGACUCUACUCGGUUGAUUUCCAAAAAUGGUAUUAUUUUUAUCAUGUUAAUUAUUCAUUAUUAUCAUCUUCAUAAAAUGUUUUUGAUGAAACAGAAAAUAACUUCCAGUCUGACGUUAUGAUGAAUUUAUUUGUAUUGAAUGAUUCAAAGUAUUAUUAAUAUUUUCAAGAAUAGUUGCAAUACCCUAGAUGCCAUCACAUUCACCAAAAAAUGUCAUUUAUUCCAUCUCGAUUGUUUUCUUUAUGAGUUUUUACGAGUUACGUA